UUAUCUACAUGCCUAUGUUUGCGACAAACCCUAGUUAGUGCAUAUUUUGGCAACAUAAGUAAAAUUGCGAUAAAUUUGACCAUCUGCAACGAGACGUACUUAUAAGGCGCUGCACAUUCAUUCCGAGGACAUUACAAUUUUUUCCAAGCGAACAAUCCUCGAACCUAACUGUGCUAUAUGGAACUAUUUACGAUUGGACAGGAGGUAAAUAUUAAACGCUCUGACGGACGCAUACACCCCGUCGUAAUCACCGCGAAGAAUCGGGAACUCAAUACGGUUACUGCCGAAUGGACUGAAGGCCCCCACGUGAAAGGCAAGGAAGUGUCAGUAUCUACCAUAUUGUCCGUAAACGUGCAUCUUUUGGAGAAAACGAACAUAGUACAAUCCGAAGUGCAGCCGGUGAAGUCAUUGCCAUCAAGUAAAAAGCUGACAGCAGCACCAAAAGUAAUAAAAGCAGCACCGAUGCCAUACACCCGUGUGACGAACCAGGGUACGCCCAAGCAGCUGGAGGCCAACAAGUCGGCUAUCACUUAUCGCAAGCCGGGCGCCAGCACCUCCUAUACGGAUCAUGUCCGUAUAGCCGAUUUUCGAGCUGCCGCCGACAAAGUUGUUGCUAAGAAUUUGAUAGCAUCGAACGCAAGUGCCAGCAAAAAAUUGCCUGCUCCCAAAGCAUCCACAUUAACAUCCACAGGGAUUGCAGGGACUGGAGGCCACAUGAUCACACCUGGCCCAUCCAGCGUCCGAAAUAUCAGCCCGUUUGGUCCAGGAGCAACCACAUCCCGCUUGUCGUCGGCAAAUAUUUCGAUGGGUACGCCCCCUCAGCAAUUCCCCAGCAUGCGCUGCUCUAGCGUCGUGCGUGAGGUGGAACGCAUGAAGGAGAAUCGCGAGCGACGGCGUGCGUGGCAAAGUGAGCAGCGGAAGGAGAAGAGUGCCCUUAUGAAUCGCGAUCCCGGAAAUCCCAAUUGGGAGGUGGCUCUAAUGGUGCGACAGUAUCGCGAACAGCUGGUCAUGAAGCCACUGCGCAGUCUCAGUCCACGUCCUUUGUGUGUUCAACAGAUAACCGUGUGCGUGCGCAAGCGCCCACUUAACCGACGCGAAAUGAAUGCCAAAAAUGUAGACAUCAUAUCAAUACCCAACCGGGACUCACUUAUUGUGCACGAGCUACGUCACAAGGUGGACCUGACCAAGUUCUUAGAGCAUCACAAGUUCCGCUUUGACUACACCUUCGAUGAAGACUGCUCGAACACGCUGGUCUACGAAUGCACAGCUCGUCCGCUCAUUCAAACCAUGUUCGAGGGCGGCAAUGCCACAUGUUUCGCGUAUGGGCAGACGGGAGCGGGAAAAACACACACAAUGGGUGGCGAGUUUUAUGGCAAACAACAGGACUGCAGCACUGGUAUAUAUGCGAUGGCCACCAGGGAUGUCUUUGCAGAGCUAGCUUCCCCGUCCUAUCGCGAGUUGGGAGCUAAGAUUACCUGCAGCUACUUUGAGAUUUAUGGGUCGAAGGUAUAUGACUUGUUGGCACCUGGAAAGCCUCUUCUGCGCGUAUUAGAAGAUGGACGCCAACAGGUGCAGGUGGUUGGCCUAACCGAGAUGCCCGUUAGCGAUGUGCAAGAUGUGCUGCAUCUUAUUGAGUUGGGUAACCGGGAGCGUACCUCUGGUCAGACCUCGGCAAAUGCCAAAUCUUCUCGUUCGCAUGCCGUCUUUCAAAUUGGUCUCCACAAGCCUGACAUGUGGGGCACCUUCGGCAAGUGCUCUUUUGUGGAUCUGGCGGGAAAUGAGCGUGGAGCGGACACAAAUUCGGCCGAUCGCCAGACGCGUAUUGAAGGUGCUGAGAUCAACAAAUCACUUUUGGCUCUCAAGGAGUGCAUACGCGCCCUUAGCCGCCAGUCAAGUCAUCUGCCCUUCCGCGGCUCCAAGUUGACCCAAGUACUUCGUGACUCCUUCAUUGGGGGCGAACAUAACAAGACCUGCAUGAUAGCCAUGAUAUCUCCUGGUCUGACGUCAGUGGAACACACGCUAAACACUCUACGCUAUGCGGACCGUGUUAAGGAACUGGUCGCCAAAAACGACGAUGGCACAGAGGACGAAGAGCAAGAAGAAGUCACACAAGUGCAAGAGCCGGUCGAAAAGCUUGAUGAGGACGUUGAGCUCGAUGAUGAAAUGGAGAAUCUGGCAAAUGAGUCUGAGCCAGAUCUUGAAAUGAAUACGAACUCGUCAUACUCCCAAUUUGCAAUUGGCGAUGGCGCCUCACACGAAGAGCUGAGCGGCCCGCAACGGUGCAGCAGUAGGGCAGGGGAGAUGAGCCCACAAGUGCAGUACUUUGAACUGAGCCCCACCUCGGAAUUUAACUCGGUGGAGAAUAUGACAGAACAGCAGCAGAGCGAAGUUUCUUUGUUUAAGCGGAGCAGUAAUCUGGACAUUAGUGAAAGCUAUACCAGCCCCUAUGUACUGACUGGCUCGAAUCCAGGGGAGCGAAUCAAUUUGUGCGAUGUAAUUGAGCAACACAAACAGUUUAACAAGUUUCUCGAGCAGUUCCUCAAGAAUUUUAAUGAGCUAGAAACCCAGACGCUGGAGAAUAAUCCCAAUUUCCUCAAAUAUUUGCAUGAUGCUGAUCAGAAUUUCCAUGAACUGAAGACCAUUGCCAAUGUUACGCGAGACUUAGUGGUUACAUAUAAUGCACAGCGCGUAAUGGAGAAUCUGUUGAAUGGGAAUGGCAACGGAAGCGGCAAGGCCAAGAACAGCGAUGACGAUAACGAAACAAACACUAUCGAUACCGAUAACUCCUUGGUGUUGGAUGCUCAUAUCUAAAUGCAACAACCACGGAAUUCUAGAUCCAGUUUUACCGAACAAUCUUUUAUUUAUUUUCUAUAUUACUGUAUUACUAUUUUGUUUUCGGCACAGCGUAAGGCAAAAUUUAAUUUAAUAAAUGCCGUUGAUGAGAAUUGGAAA